AUGAAGGGAACAUUGUAUAAUGAACUCCGCCUGGCAGGACUGUUCUGUGACGCCAUCCUCAAAGUUGAGGAGGUUCAGUUUCCAAUUCACCGGACCAUCCUCUAUGAAUGCAGUCCCUACUUUCAAGCUCUCUUUAAACACUGUACAAACACAGGCGAGGUUUUCCACAUACCCCUCGUGUUUCCUGACAUCCUGCGGAUCAUCAUUGAGUUUGCAUACACUGGCUCUGUUACUUCGACAGAGGACAACGUGCAGGAGUUGAUGAUCACAGCUGAUAUGCUCAACAUAGUUGGCAUCAUACAAGCAUGCUCCCACUUUAUCGGUGCGCACAUAUGCCCACAGAACUGCGUUGGCAUCUGGCAGUUCACAAAUAUCUGCCACAGCUCCGAGCUGCGGUGCAAGGCCUUCCGCUACAUCAUCCAGCACUUUGAGGAGGUCGUUCCCGCUGACGAGUUCCUGCAGCUCUCUGUGGAAGAGCUUACCGUAUUCAUUGGCAGAGAUGAACUUAAUGUGAGGAAUGAAAGUAUUGUGUUUGAUGCAAUCCUGCGCUGGAUCGCCCACAUACCCAGAGAACGAGAGCAAAACAUUGCUGUGCUUUUGUCUCAGGUGCGGCUGGGCCUGACAAGCAGAGCGUACAUUUUGACCCAGGUGAUCCCCAAUAAGCUGGUGAAGAGCAACGCUGAGUGCAAGCAAAUAGCUGAACAUUCCAUGUGUAUGAUAUGGCACAUGUCCACAAUAGAACCCUUGACGUGUGGUCUCAGGAACACACUCGCCCGUCCUCGUGUGCCUAAUGCCUUCCUGUUGGUCACUGGAGGCUGCAACAACGGCGGUCAAUGUUGCGAUAUCAAGGCGUACGAUCCCAUCGCUGACCACUGUAUCAACAUCUCAGACAAGAUGGAGUAUACUCGGGCCCACCAUGGCACAGCCUUCCUCAAUGGUUAUGUCUACUGUAUCGGUGGCUUUGCGAGAGAGCGCUAUUUUAACAGCGUGGUCAGGUUGGACCUGAGGACACACACCUGGCAGGAGGUGGCGCCAAUGCACUACUGUCGCGGCUACGUGAGCGUAACCGUGCUGAACGGGUUCAUCUAUGCCCUUGGCGGCUCUGACGGACUUCUUCGACUCCACACUGCAGAGCGCUACUGUCCCGAAACCAACCAGUGGACACUUAUUGCACCCAUGUACUUGCUGAGGAGCGACGCCAGCUGCACAGUACUGCAUGGCAAGGUCGGUGGCUUCGACGGCAUCAGCCAUCUGUCAAAUGUUGAGGCCUACCACCCCCAGUCCAACACCUGGCAGCUGCUGAGCCCCAUGUGUUCCCAACGCAGCAGCUUUUGCCUGGAGGUGAUAGAAGACCAGUUCUACGUCAUUGGGGGCUUCGACGGCACCUCCAUCAUUGACAACAUAGACGUACUCACUGCCGCACUUUGA